AGUGCCACAAUAGUACCUUGCUUAUAUAAAGAACUGUGCGGGCCGUUUCAUUUGUUAAUUGUGCCAACUGAGCCGAGACACAAACAUUAUAUAGCCAUGAACACAUUCGCUACUUUGGCAGUUCUCUUCUGCGCCUGCCUCAUCGGCAGCUGCCACGGAAUCUACGGCGGCGGUGGCGGCCAUGGAGGCUACGGACGCCAGCAGGGAGGCUAUGGACAGAGCUCCAAUGGAGGUGCCGCUUCGGCUGCCAGCUCCGCUGCUGCCGCUGGCAAUCAGCGUCCCGUAGAGAUCAUUGCCGGUGGACCCCGCGGUGGUUAUGGCCAGGAGAUCCUGCGCCCCAUUCAGCUGGGCUAUGGCGGACAAUCGCAGCGUGGACCCCAGCACGGCAGCUACGGUCGUCGCGGUGGCUACGGACCACGCUGGACUGUCCAGCCAGCGGGCGCCACUCUCCUGUACCCCGGCCAGAACAACUACCGUGCCUAUGUCUCGCCUCCGGAGUACACCAAGGUGGUGCUGCCCAUCCGUCCCGCCGAGCCCGUGGCCAAGCUGUACAUUCCGGAGAACCACUACGGCAGCCAGCAAGGCUACGGCAAUCAGGGCAGCUACGGCCAGCAGCAGCAGCAGAGCUACAACGUCGAAGCUGGACCCAGAUACUAGAAGGCUACUCUCCUCCUCCUCCGCCUCCACCUCAAUCCCCCUUCUCAGUGUGGAUUCGCUCCCGUGCAGCGCGAAUAAAAAAUACAAAAAGAAAACAUAA